CAGACCCUGACCAGCUGGGAUCUCAACCCUGCCAGAGAGCCACGAGAAGAGCAACUGUGUGUGAAAGCUCCUCGCCUCUCUCACUGACUCUUCAUUAGGUGAACCACACCGACACUCACUCCAAAUACAGCUGCCAAACCUCUCCGCGGAGUGCUGAGAAGAUCCUCUUUUUUGGAGCAUGGCUGUGGCACCCCGUGCCCUGGCACUUCCCGUGCCCCUGGUGCUCACCCUGCUCUGCCUGGCACCAGCGCCCAUCUUGGGAGGCUGCCCGUCGGCUUGCAGGUGCUCUUUCGCCAUGCUGCAGUGCCUGGAGCCCAAUGGUAUCGCCAGGAUCCCGGCACUGGCACCGCAAGAGAGCGAGAACAUGACGGAGAUUUACAUAGAAAAUCAAGCCGGGCUGGAGAAUAUUACAGAAAUUGAUCUCGUAAACUACAGAGAGCUCAAGAAUCUCACGGUCACGUCAUGUAAGCUGAGGCUGAUCUCCGCCAAUGCCUUCCAAUACAACCUCAAGCUCCAGUAUGUGAACCUGGCAUCGAACUUUCUGGAACACAUCUCCUGGAGGGUGUUUCAUUUUCUACCACUGCUCAACCUGGUUUUGAGGGACAACCCUCUUAUUUGCUCGUGCGACCUUCACUGGCUCCAGCAGUGGCAGCAUAAUGACCGCGGUGACCUGGACAACCAACUGCUGUCCUGUUUCGCCAAUGAUCAGGAAAUGCCCCUUAACUCGUUGGUGAUAGACAACUGCAGUCUGCCCGAGGUGACCAUUAUUUCCUCCAAAUCCAAAACUCAAGAAGGAGGCAACCUGACAUUUGCGUGUCACGUGACAGGAAGUCCAACUCCCAAUGUGAGAUGGCGAACUGAGAACCUCCAGUCUCCCUUCUUUCUCCAGGAGAUAAUCUGGGACUCCACAUUAGAGCUGGUCCUUCAACUCACCAACGUUUCCUCCUAUGACAACCUGCACAACCUAACUUGCGAGGCCGAGAACCAAGCUGGGCCCGGGGAGGAGAUGGUGCAAUUGGACAUUGAGUUUCCAGUCAAAAUCAUCUUCCUGAGAGAUGCUGAGCAGCAGCACCACUGGUGUUUCCCCUUUGCCGUGGAUGGUAACCCUGAACCGACCAUCAGCUGGCUGCACAACGGCAAGGAACUAAAAAAGUCCAUGUACAUGUACACCCAGCUCAUCCCCGACUCAAACGACGGGUCGGUGAAACACGGCUGUCUCUUCCUCAACAAGCCCACCCACAUCAACAACGGCCUUUACACUCUGGUUGUGCAGAACAAACUGGGAAGGGAUGAGGCCACGGCCACCGGGAUGUUUAUGGAUAACCCUUUUGGCACUGUCAAUCCCGAGGGGGUGAUUCCAGUCAGUGACGAGGGUCCGAUUCCUACAAAUAAAUCCGACAUGGACGUCACGGAGAACCCGGAGAGUCGAGUGUUUGUGGUGUCUGUGGCUGUGGGUCUUGCUCUGUUUGCCUGUUCUUUCCUUCUUAUCAUGGUGUUGGUUAUUAACAAGUGUGGCCAGCAUUCCAAGUUUGGUAUUCACCGUUCAUCAGUUUUGGGCACUGAGGAUGACCUGGCAGUGUCACUUCGUUUCAUGAACUUCGGAACGAGUCCGCCCUCCUCAGAUGAGGACUCUGGUUUAUCCAGCUUUGUUGAGAAUCCACAGUACUUCUGCGGCAUCAUCAAGGAGAAAGACAUGUGUGUCCAACAUAUUAAACGUCAGGACAUCGUGUUGAAGUGGGAGCUGGGUGAAGGAGCGUUUGGCAAAGUCUACCUGGCAGAAUGCGCAAACCUCAGCCCGGACAGCGACAAGAUGCUGGUCGCCAUCAAGACUCUAAAGGACGCCAACGAGUCGACCCGGCAGGACUUCCAGAGGGAGGCGGAGCUACUGACGGUGCUUCAACAUCAGCACAUUGUGCGUUUCUAUGGCGUCUGUACUGACGGAGAGCCGCUGGCUAUGGUGUUCGAAUACAUGAGGCACGGAGACCUCAACCGGUUUCUCCGGGCUCACGGCCCUGACGCUCGUAUCCUGGAGGAGUCGAAGAUGCCCCCGCUGGGUCAGCUCACUCUGCCUCAGAUGCUGCACAUCGCCGCUCAGAUCGCCUCAGGCAUGGUCUACCUGGCAUCGCUGCACUUUGUCCACCGCGACCUGGCGACCCGUAACUGCCUGGUUGGGGAGGGCCUGGUGGUCAAAAUCGGAGACUUUGGCAUGUCCCGAGACAUCUACAGCACAGAUUACUAUCGGGUGGGUGGACGUACGAUGCUACCAAUCCGCUGGAUGCCGCCGGAGAGCAUCAUGUACAGGAAGUUCACCACGGAGAGCGACAUCUGGAGCUUCGGCGUGGUCCUCUGGGAGAUUUUCACCUACGGCAAACAGCCCUGGUACCAGCUGUCCAACAGUGAGGCCAUUGAAUGCAUCACGCAGGGCCGGGAACUGGAAAGACCACGAACCUGCCCCAAAGAGGUGUACCUGCUGAUGCAGGGCUGCUGGCAGAGGGAGCCCCAGCAGAGGAUGGUCAUCAAGGACAUCCACAGCCGCCUGCUGGCCCUGGUCAAGAACCCGCCGGUUUACCUGGACAUCCUGGGCUAAAAACGGGGAGUGGGGUUCAGAGGCUGGAGAGGUGGAGGAUUUGAUCUGAGACCUAAAACUUGUUUAUUUAAAUUCAAAUCUAAUCAGGGGGUAAAUACUUGAAACAGGCUCGUUUUGGUUUAAGUUCUAAAGUAUGUAAAGCUCUCCCCGUCGCUGCUUUUUUCCAGCCUCGAUGCUUGAUGGACGAACAGUCUGCAGUUUUGCCUCAUCCUGGCUUCGACCCCGACCCCUGUCAUUCUCUGGAAACCUGUCAAAUGUUUACCAAAGUGUUUAAUGUUUAUCUGAAGCAGGAUCAGCCUGAUGGAGAGACAUGCAUGGAUAUGUGUUGAAGUAACUGUGUAUAUAUAUAUAUAUAUAUGUAUGUAUGUAUGUCAGACGAAAUCUGGCUCUGAAGUCCCUGCAAAAGGUUUGUGAGCUGAGCGGCACAUUUUCAUACGAAUCUAACAGCCGACACUUGUGUCGGAAAAGGUAAUUAGAAAAUGAACCGGAUGAUUACAAGAGAGGGCACUUCACAUCAUGAGUCAAAAGUGAAAAAAAAAAAAAGAUUUUUCAGAUUUGGGUACAGCAGACAGUCAUUUGUACAUUGUAGCCACUGAUUUUGGAUAAGUUUUGAUAUGGGAGGUUAUUAAAAAAAAAAAAAGGCUUCCAGUAAAUGUAUAUAAGAUAUCGAAAGUUGUACAAUUGAAAGCUUGUUUGUUUCUCAUGCGUCAAAUCCAGUGUAUCAUAUGAGUAUUUUUCAAAAAAAACAAAAACAAGAAUGAAAAUGUCAUAUAUUAGCAGUGAAAGUGUGUGUUUACAUUUAAUGCUGUCUGUUUUGCUGUCGAAUAUGGACAACAACAACAAAAAAAAAGAGUUUGACCUGUGUGGCCUGCCUCGGCGUGGCCUUUGUACUAAUUAGGGAUGUUCAACGCGCUUUUCUGUGGCGACCUUCGAAAAAAAUCAAAGUGCUCGCCAGUGAAAUUCGGUAAGGGGGCAAGAUGGUGGUGUUUUUUUUUUUUUUUUCGAGGUAACAGAUGGAUUAAAGUGAGUGAAACUCCAGGAGGAGAGGGACAGAUGGCUCUGAAACAGACACUGGAGGUGAGGCCACCACCAUGUAAGAACAACAACAACAAAAAAUCAACCUAAUGGGUCAUUUAGAGGGUGAAAACCAGUGUAAAUACUAAAUGUACAUACUCUGUAUUAAUGUCUAAAUAUAUAUAUAUAUAUAUAUCUUCAUGUAUUGUUACUCCAGCACUUUGUAUAUUGUCUGCCCUUAAAAAUAAACAAACUUGAUUUAAAAAAAAGAAAGAAAUGUGUGCAGCCCGAGCAGGAACAUCCCUCUGCAUCAGUCAAUCCAUCAUUAUCGUAUGCUUCAGAGCGAACAAUGAUUUGGGCUGCCGUCUGUACUUAAAGUUAGACAUCUUAACAAGGCUAUUCAAGAGCCUUCUAUUAUUUUGACGAACUAAUCAGCAACCUGCGACGUCUCCACGGGAUGCUCUGGAGACGGUUAUUGAAAAGGAAUAAUCAAGUUUCAUAUUGCCUUACCCGCCGGCCCUCCAGCAAACAAACACCAUCCAGAACCAAACCCCUCUCUCUCACUACCACCACCACCACCCCUCUUUUCCCUUUCCACCACC